AGUUUGUUUUGUUGUCAUCCCGUGGAGCUUUCCGGUGCCAGUACCAGUGAAAUGGUGAGGGGAAAUUGUUGGUUUUGUUGAGUUUUACGGUUUAUCAUAUGUAUGGCUUACAUACAUCAUAGCUCAAGUGAUUGAGCUACAUUGUUUUCGGGUUGCUGUAAUGUUGUUGUACGCCAAUGCUGAAUGCUCGUCAUCGAAUACACCUUUGCCGGUUCGUGAAAUGCGUUCACAGUUGUGAGGAAAGUUUGUACAAGUGUGUGUGUGGUGAUGUUCUGCAUGAUUUAGAUCUCCAAUUGAAAAAUGAGCAAUAUGCUGUUCAACCGAGAUCUGAUGUGUGUACGCCACUGCAAUCAAACGAUUUUCUCAUACGAUAUCUUGACCCAGUGUCCGUUAUGCUUGCAAGCGUUGGGCGAAAACAUGGAAAACACACCAAUCACACUACCCUGCCCAUUCGUCAGAGCAUGCCAGUAUCCUUGUUCUAUUAUUCUGCGACCAUCGGUUGGAGAUUUUUUAACCUCCUUUCAAAACCAAAAUAAUCUACACAUAGCGCUCACAUCCUCCAGUGGAACUAUAGUCGAGUUUGAUGUAAAUGGUUUAGCAAAAACACCACCCAAAAGUAAACAUUCCACUGCAAACGAAUGGGACCAAUGUCUUAUUAUUGCCCAAAUACCGGAGCCUUGGUAUGAUCGGUGGGAUGAAGUUUUGGAAAAGAUUGCAUGUGAUCCUUUGUGGAGCAAGGACAUGUACCAGGAGCACACUCACAACUGCUACGCGUUUGUGUUAAGCUUUCUAAACGAGCUGGAUUAUGGAGAAUGGAACGAUUUCUGUCAUGACAAGCUAUCGUUCAGUAGGCAGAUUGUCGCGUCAAAGACGCAGAGUGCUGCUAAAUACAUCACCAUACAUCGUAAGCUACAAGCACGCAACUAUUUCAUCGAACAGCAAGAAUGAUCGAGCUGUGCAGAUAUCUUCUGAUUUACUGUGAUUAUCAAGCAUUAUUAUUAGAUUCUUACUGCAAGCAUGAAAAUUGUGUCUAAAUA